GAAAACGUCAAAACGUUGUUUGUUUACCCUGUUUCGGUGCUGUAGUUGAAGUCGCUGCUUAGAAGAAAUGAAUAAACGACCGAAGCAAACUGACACUGAAGACGAUGUUCUGCAAAUGCAGGAAUCCUUUCUCGCUGAAAAAGCCAAAAAUCCAAACUUCCGUCCAUCAGCACAAGUAGUGCGCAAAGACCGCGGGAAAAAGCAGUCUUUAUUUUCGAAAAGCCGUAAUCACAUCGAAUGCAAAGAUGCCUCGAAACCUACUCCUGAAAGCAUUAUUUUAGGAGAUAUUGUCGAAAAGCAAGUCACUGCACCGAAAGUGCCCGGGAGUGAGGAAAUGGACAUGGAUCCACAGAUUGAUGCCGGUUUCCCUAGAGUAGAAAAAAUUCAAUUUACGGAAUCCUCGGGUGGGAAGAGUUUAUUUGCAUUGUCAAUGGAGAGGAAACGGAAUCAAGUCUCAAGUUCGCGUGCAGCAGAUGACCAACCUUCAGCAAAAACACUUAAAGACAACUAUGGAGAGACCAGUUUAUUAGUGGAGGAUACGAGGACCGCAAAAGCAAUUCACGAAGAAAAUCUGGAACUCAUUGCACAAAUGAAGCAGGAAGAAAUCCUAGCGGAAAGGGAGAAACUCUUAAAAUCCUUGGAUCCCGGUUUAUUGCGAUUCAUUGAAGAGAAGCGGAAGAAGCAAAUGGAAAAAUGCAAUAACAGACCAGCUCAAACAAGCAAAUCCAAAACCAUCCAGGAGAUUCCUCCACAGCCACUUCGAAAGCCAACAGAGGAAACCAUGGACCUCUCUGAUGAGGACCCAACUGAGAAAGUGGGAGUCGAGGCAGUCGCCGAAAUACUAAAAGCCAGUGAGUCCGAGAACUGGCUCCAUUUCGAUGUUAUCGAGAAAGACAAGUUCGACUGGAUGAAAGAUGUGCCUAGUCAAAUGGCCAAGUUGAAACCCGGGGAAACCUUUGAAGCGCGAUUCGAUUGGAAAGGAGUUCUACUGCCAUACAACGAACCUGAAACUGACAAAGAUAACCGUGAGCUGUACUUACAUGGCGACGAACCGCACCGACCUGGUUACACUUUACAGGAGCUGUUUAGAUUAUGCAGAUCGAAUAUUAUUCAACAACGUGUCUCAGCUUUCGGCGCCAUAUCCGGCAUGUUAAACAUCUACAAUCAAGGCUUUUAUGACAAUAUAUUGGACUUGCCAAUAACAAAAAUAUUCUUUUUACUGCGUUUUGGCUUUGAUGAAAAUUCAACUGCCAUUUUGGAAGUUGUCUCAAGAGCGUUAGCAAUGCUUUUCUAUAAUGAAACAGACGAAGUCUUAUUGGAUUUGGUAACUGAGGCACCAGAAGGUUAUCUACAACCAAUUUUAUCAGUUGAACAGAAAAAUGUUGGAAACAUUGAAAAUGUUUUUUCGAAAAUGAAACUGACUUCAACUCCGUUUUCCACUAAAGUUGACGAGGAUGAAGACGAAGAGAGCACAACUAAUAUGAAUGACUUCCAACUAGCAGAAACCGAUCUGAUUGAAUGUCUGUUGAGGACAAACAUUGUUCAACGUAUUUAUUACAUAUUAGGAAUAAUCCGGCCCGAAAAUAGCACCGUAGAAUCGUGCCUAAAAAUACUUAUCCGCAUAGCACGUUGUGGAAAAGACGCUUGCAAUCAAAUAGCAACAAAUUCUGAGUUGUUAAAGACUUUGUUUGAAUGUUUCCUUCCACGAUUCGAGAAUAUGGCUGUCCAGGCCGAUGAACAAUUCUACAAUUCGCCUCAACAUUUAGUUUUGAAACUUUUCCGAGUAAUGAUUUCUCAGCAUAUUUCAUUUUGUAUCAAUUUAUCAUCAUAUGGAUUACAAGAACGGAUUCAAAAUUAUCUUUACAGUCGUCAGGAUAUUAAGAAUAAACACAUUAAAGUUCAAAUCGAAUCGUUAAGGAUUUUGCGUUCGAUGAUGUUAACCAAUUUCGGUGGUACAAUUUAUAGAGAUUUGCUGCCUGCAUUCCGCUAUAUGCUCGAUUGGCACUACCAGUAUGUUAUAUAUGGUGAAGGCGGACCUUUCCUCAUCAGACAACAUGCAUCGGCAUUACUCAAUGCAAUUUACAGUGGAACAACAGUUGAUGCGGUACCAAUUCUCGGUGAAAAAAUAGCAAUGUGCAGUUGCAAGUGGUUCUAUGAAGCAACUAAAUUAGGAAUAACAGAGUUUUCUCAGUCAACCAUUUUGGCAUCGAGUUUGAAUUGUAUCUCAAGAUUUGCAGCUGUAGACAAAUCUCAUUGCCUAGAUUUCAUUAAUAAAUAUCUCCGACAAUUUAUACAAUCAAAGUCUUUUGUGGAUUAUGUUUCAAAUUUAAGAUUUCUUUCUGUACUGCUGAAAAAGUCCAAUGACAGAAAAAACAUUCAUCCGCCAUUAAUGGGAGUGGGAGCUGUGAUUUCAACAGACGAGAGCCCUCAAUUGAUCGUUUCCCAGAAGUAUCCAGUGUACAUACUCAAUAGUAUUCUCAACAUCAUACAAACACUUCAUACAUCUGACAGCAACUUAAUUGUCGACCUAAUUAAUAAAAUCGAAAUAGUCGAAAGCUUUACAAACUACCUCGAGAACAUUAGUAUGCAUCUGAACCGACAGUUAGCCACUUCUUUCCUAGCAAAGGCGGAAAUUCGAUUUGCAUUCAAACUACUUUGCUUCAAGCCAAUUAGAGAAAUUAUGACAAAAGAAGUUGUACUCCAAGCGGCCUAUAAUAUCGUUUGCUGUAUGACUUCUGAGCAUAUUACGGAAAUAGAAACAUUGUUCGAAAAUAUUCUCUUCGAUGGAGACAAUUUGCAAUUUGAUGGCAAAGUUUUGUCACAAUGGAAAGGUAUUUUCCUAGAUACGUUCGUAUACCCCCACCGGAUAGUUAUUCCGGCAACAGAAAUAUCGCUUUCAAUGCCCUGCUCAUUACCUCCAUUACUACCCUUGGACUGGCCUUAUUUGCCACUGAAGACGCUCCUUAAUAAAUAUUUGCAGCAAAUGUCAGAAACUAUACAACCGGAUCCCUUAGAAUUGCCAGAAAGUAAAAUUAUAACGAUAACAACGGAGUUUACUGAUUUGUUAGAAAGAAAUGGAUUGACAGUAACCUCGCCAACAGAAAAGCUGAUGUAUUUAAUGAUUUCGUUUAUGGGUCCAAACUCCGAGUUUCUAGAGCCACAUAUGAAGGAAAUACUACGGGACGCUGUUCAGAAAUUCUUUCGUCGUUCACUUGACGUCGACUUUCAAUUCAAUGCAACAUUUGAAGGUAAAAGCAAAUUUGAAAACCUCUAUGUCCUUUUCUUGGAUCAUUUCCAAGCAGCUAGCUAUGGGGAUCCAACAUUCAGUGCUCUAGUUCUAGUUCCACUGGCGCAGAGGUAUGAUAACAAAUGGCGCAAAAUGGUAUGGUCUGAACAUGCGUCGGUUCUACGCUUUUUGAAUUGCGACGAGAACGAGCUACUAGGAGGUAUUGAUCCACUUCUACAACCAAUUGAAACAGACGAAUCGCUCAUUAGGUGUUAUAUGCAAGCAUUAAAUUCUAACUUAUUACGGAUGGAUACAAUUCCGUAUAAAAUAGCACAGCACCAUGUCAAGCAUUUUAUGAACCAGAAGCAACAAAAAUAAAAAUAAAAAAAAUCGGUAA